AUGGCAAUCUCCGCUCCAAUUUGGUACUCGCCUCCUUCCCCAAUUCCUUUGACGUUUGAUCAAGACACAUCGUGUGACUUGGGUACCAAUGCAUUCGAAUCUGCCUUUCCAUAUACAACCUGUACGAUCCCACAAACGGAAAGUAUAUAUACUAUAGCGCCAUAUCCAAGUCCAUAUUUUGAUGCCAUCGAUACUUCUAUGGUGCCAGAAUUGGAUCAAAGCAUUUCGACAGAGAAUAAUAGAGCAAGUUUUGAAUCAGAAAGGAACGAGAUGAAUGAGGAGAUGUCAAUUGAGACGAAACGACGUCAAUAUCGAGCCUCUCGUGACCGGAAACCCAAAUCUCUAGGCAGUCGCACACGAGAGACAUCGCAUGAUUCAGCAGAUUCAGUAACGGAGAAAACUCCAGCACAAAAGAUGCGGCGGCUUGUGCAAAAUCGCGUUUCCCAGAGAAAUUUUCGGAAGCGCCAAGCAAACGAACGUCAGCGACUUGAAGACCAGGUGAAGAUGCUCAGUACCGAAUUACAUAAUCUCAGUGAUAUGUAUCAAGAUUUACUGGCACGGUACGAGCAGGCACAGCGCGAAAAGUCGUCGAGUAGUGAGCUGAUAGGAGGAUGGGCGGAUGGUGUUAGGACCUUGAACCAAUUUAACCUUGGAGGCCUUGAAUGA